GUACAUAACAUCAAAUACUUUCUGCAUAUGAUUGCCGAUAAUCUCUUAAUAAUUCUAAAUGUAAAAUUACCUUUUUAUCUUAUGUUACAUUCUAGGUACACCAAAAUGAAGACGGCCACCAAUAUCUACAUUUUCAAUCUUGCCCUAGCAGAUGCCCUUGCAACAAGUACCCUGCCAUUUCAAAGUGUGAACUAUCUCAUGGGUACAUGGCCUUUUGGAAAUAUUGUGUGUAAAAUUGUUAUAUCGAUAGACUACUAUAAUAUGUUCACAAGUAUUUUUACCCUAACUACAAUGAGUGUUGACCGAUACAUAGCAGUCUGCCAUCCAGUGAAAGCUCUAGAUUUUAGAACACCACGAAAUGCCAAAAUUGUCAACGUCUGUAACUGGAUUCUGUCUUCGGCAAUUGGUUUACCUGUAAUGUUUAUGGCAACAACAAAACAUGACAGAGGAUCUACUGAUUGUGCUCUUAUCUUUCCCCAUCCAUCGUGGUACUGGGACAACCUUCUAAAAAUCUGUGUCUUUAUCUUUGCAUUUAUAAUGCCUGUCCUUAUCAUCACCGUAUGUUAUGGAAUGAUGAUCUUACGACUCAAGAGUGUCCGUAUGCUGUCUGGCUCCAAAGAAAAGGAUAGAAACCUCAGAAGAAUCACCAGGAUGGUGCUGGUUGUAGUGGCAGUGUUCAUAGUCUGCUGGACUCCUAUCCACAUUUAUGUGAUAAUUAAAGCUUUGAUCAAUAUCCCACCUUCUCUCUUUCAGACAGUGACCUGGCAUGUGUGCAUUGCUCUAGGUUACACAAAUAGCUGCCUUAAUCCAGUCCUUUAUGCUUUUUUGGAUGAAAACUUUAAGCGGUGUUUCAGAGAAUUUUGCAUUCCAACAACUUCAACCAUCGAGCAGCAAAACUCAACCCGUUUGCGUCACAAUACCCGUGACCAUGUGUCCACCGCCAACACAGUGGAUAGGACUAACCAUCAGGUAUGACUAGCCGUGGAGAUGUCAUCUCUGGAUUCAGGUGUUCCUGCGGGAGAUGACAUGACUUCAGAAGUUACACAGAUAACUACAGGGCUUUAAUUCACUGAUGACUUUAGACGUCUAAGGUCUAUGAUUGUAUUUAUGUAGGGUCUAUAUGGUAUCCAAGCACUUUUUAAUAAAGGUUUGUCACUGCCCACAGUUGAUAUUUUCUCUGGCACAGCAACACUUGUAUGUUGUAUUGAAUAUAUAUAUAUGAUUGUGUUACAAACGUAAUUAACUCAAUAGCAUACAGGGUGACAUGAUUAACAUAAAAAAAUGUAUGUCAUAAUAGAGAUCAAACAGUUGUAUGGAUUUUUUUUAUAAACAGAGAAAGGCUUGCAGAACUACAAAUCUUGAGGAUACAUGGUUUAAUUUAUUCAUCUUCUACAAGUCUAUCUUUGGACAACAGUAAGUAUCAAAUAUAACCUCUGAUUAAUCAUUGUAUAAUUAAAAUACUUUACUUUUCAAGGAGAAGUAAUCUAUCACGUACACAAAUAAGUAAAUAUUAGUGUGUUUUAAUUAACAAGUAAUUUGAAAGUAUAUAAAAAUUACCAAAAUAAACAGCCAUACUGAUAAAACAAGCAAAAAAUAGGACAACGCUUAUUUUUUAACUACAGGUACUGUUUUGCCCAGAGAGCCUAAAUAAUUACUAAACCCAACAGCCAAUAAAUUAAUAAAGAAUGCUGCUUAAAAGUACUUGGAUGUGUAGCUGCAUUUUUCAAAACAUUUUAGUAAAUAAAUAAAAUACCUGUUGAUUUUUUUAGAAAUGCAGUAACCAAGGUUAUAUUCCUUCUGAUACUAAUUCUAUCACCCUUGAUCUAAUGGAGAUGAAGUGAGGAUGAUAGGUUUGAUUUCCAGCCUAGAUGGCAACUUUGGUUUCCUCCAUAGAUACAGUGUGAUAAGGUGUGAUCAUAGUCAGCUAGGGAUAGGAAGUGUUUUAUUCUCAAUUUUACCAGGUACAAAUUAAAACAAAAAAAACAAAAAAAGUAAACUAGUGUAGUCACCACAUCUAAGUUUGUGGAAUCAAUAAUAGCAAUGCGGCUUCAAACUUGCCUCUUUCCCUAUAUGUUGAUCUUUCAUCAGGUGUACACCCAAGAGCUCAUUCCUGCUCAGCUGUUCCACUUGUCAAAUAAAAAUGAAUGGGCUGCACACUGAUGCCGUCCACUAUGGAAAACUAGCUUUAAUAUAAUAAGUAAUCACAAUACAUAUCUUGCAUUCCACCUCCAGCUCCAAUAUGUUUCAAUACACAAAGGGCUUAAUAGUGGAUUAAGAUGUCUCCAUUUCGACUUUACAAAUGCCAAAUCUAAGGAGUUUUAGAUUUGGGGUUUAGAUAUGCUUUAAAGAGUAACCUAUCAAAUUAACACCUGAAAGCCAUAACCUAAAAAAAACUAAACAAUAAAAUACAAUUGUUUUAUAUCAGCAUUUUGUCUAGGGAAGCCUAGAAAGUUAUUUCACUUAAUCACAAAAUAAGUGGUUUUCAAAAAUGAAUUAUUUGUACAAUUCACUUCAGACUUGACUAUUUAAAUAUAAAAGUAAUUUCAUUAUCUUAGUUAAUAUUCUGUAUGGUUUGGUCAUUCUAAAAGUGCUGUUGCUAAAUCAAUAGUUUAAAAUAAACUGUUCAAAAGAAGGAAAUUUGUCACUUUAAUUUUCUUGAUGAAAUGUCUUUAGUAGAGUAUAUUUUGUCCACACAAUAUAUGUGUUUUCUAUAAAUUGAAAAUGUCACCAUAAACAUAUUUUCACAUCUUUAAAAGCCUGUAGCAAUAUGAGAACCAACCUUGUCAGCUCAUAUUUUGUAUGUGACUGGAAAUUCAGCCAUUUAUAAAAAAUAUUGACUAUGUCACCUUAAAAAGAAAUCUUCUAGCAGGUAUAAAAUACAAUACAAAUAGAAUACAGGUAUAUGCCUGCAAAAGCUCUUAUUAUCCUUUGCUACAGCCAAGUGCCCUGGUGUUCUAAACAGGCAAAGCUGCAGCACUUCCUGGUAGUGACACAAUUUGCCCACCCCUUCCUUCCACACACAUCUUCUUAUUGGCUAAUACGGCUAAUCUCAUGGUGGUGGGCCAAUAGGAAUGUUUUGCCUGUUUAGAACUGUGACUGCAGGCAUUUGCAGGCACCUCUAGUUGCCUAUGCUAUCUACCUACUAGCAGUUUUUCUUUCUUUUUUUUAAUAAAAGACAGAGUCUCUUUAACAAUAAAAUAAUGUUAUCAGUUGUAAUUAUUAUAUUUCAUUGUACCACAUGUGCUUAUGAUUAUGGUGUAAUGCUUUGCAAUUUUUAUCAAGCUCAAAUGUUAGCAUAUCAUGAGCACAAUACAUAACGGUUAAGUACAAGAUUAGUUAAUGUCAAUAAAAAGUACAGUUUGACAUCCAUAAUACUGUGCUUUAUUGAAUUUUGAAUUGGUGCAGUUGCACAAAAGAAACAUGCUGUGUAUUGCCUUAUUAUAUAGAACAACUUAUUUAUUGUACAUUGUAAAUAUGACCAGAUGUAUUUUCUCAUUGAAAAAUCUGUAUAAUUGAAAUUAAAGUAUGUUCAUUAUUCUUUGGAAUUAAAAAUGUCUAGGUAUUAUGUUUAAAAAUGCUUAAAGGGAAAUAGCAUAUGUUAUAUUAUAUUUUUGCCAAAUUUACACUAAUGCUAUCUACUGUUAUAGUAAAUUUAUGCUAUACAGAGCUAAAUCAUUAUUUAUUAUAUGUAAAACAAAACUACACAGUCUGUAAGUAGGAUAGGCAGGAAAAUAUGUAAAAUAAUAUAUAUUUGAUUUAUUAACAGCUCUAACAUAACAUGGCUUUAAAGAAAGUAGAAAAAACAGUUUGCAUUAUUCAUGGCAAAUAUUCAUUGAUUAAUUUUGAUUGCUGAUACCUUUCUCUUUGGCUGCUAUGAGUUAAUAUACUUUGGCAUUGUCAGUGUUUCUUUCACUGCCUUAUUCUAAGCCUUGGAUAAGUAGAAGCCAUAUUAGGGUGCCCAAAUCUUACCAAGCAUAAACUGCAUUAACCACUUGCCUACUGGGACAUGCCAAUUUUCAGCUUUCAGCACUGGAACACUUUGAAUGACAAUUUGACAGUCAUGCUACACUGUAACCAUGUAAAACGUUUUAAUUUUCUUCACAGAAAUAGAGCUUUCUUUUAGUGGUAUUUAAUCACUUACUAUUUACUAAAAACGUAACCUUUGGGUUAACUAGUUACCGACCGCUAGCCAAGUUGACAAGUUGGCUCCCCUGCGUGAAUCGCCGUUAUUAUACAUUGGGCAUAUACAAAUGGCGAUUUGUGGGAGCGCGGGAGCCGACUAGUGGGUUCGGCGGACUCUAUGUCCACUGGCCACUCGCAAUCGCUUCAGAAACA